UCGUCUGCCACUUCGCAUUCCCAUUCUACUCCGCGUUCGCCUUCCACUCCGCGUUCGUCUGCCACUUCGCAUUCCCAUUCUACUCCACGUUCGCCUUCCACUUCGCGUUCGCCUUCCACUUCGCGUUCGCCUUCCACUUCGCGUUCGCCUUCCACUUCGCGUUCGCCUUCCACUUCGCGUUCGCCUUCCACUUUGCGUUCGCCUUCCACUUCGCGUUCGCCUUCCACUUCGCGUUCCCAUUCUACUCCGCGUUCGUCUGCCACUUCGCAUUCCCAUUCUACUCCGCGUUCGUCUGCCACUUCGCAUUCCCAUUCUACUCCGCGUUCGCCUUCCACUUCGCGUUCGCCUUCCACUCCGCGUUCGCCUUCCUCUCCGCGUCCGCAUUCCUCUCCGCGUCCGCAUUCCACUCCGCGUUCGCAUUCUACUCCGCGUUCGCCUUCUACUCCGCGUUCGUCUGCCACUUCGCAUUCCCAUUCUACUCCACACUACGCUUCAUGA